UGCGACAACAACAACAACAACAGCUGUCUGACCGAGAUAAGUUUGUGCCGAUUUUAAGUUUCGUUUUCAAUGAAAUAGCUUUGUCGAAUAUUUUUUAUUCUGAACGGCCUGAUAAACGUAACUUUAUCCCUAUGUUCGCCUACUUGCAUGUACGUGUUAUCUUAAUAUUGAUAAGAUUGGCUGCUCUUGCUACACGUGGUUAGUUCACAAUUUGACAGUUUAACGCUAACGGAAAAAAAGAAAGUCUUUGUUUGAAAAUGUCUCGAGGAUACAGGAAAAACGGCAUUCCCGACAGGUGGUUAGAUUAUCAACCUGUGGGGAAACGCCUUCCAGGAUCUCGUUUUAUUGCUUUUAAAGUACCACUAAAGUUGGCUUUAACUCGGAAACUUGCAAGUUCUGAUGUCUUUGGACCCUGGGAGCUGCUUGACACUGUGAAAAGGGACAGUCAGGAACUUGGUUUUAUAAUUGAUCUGACAUACACUAAACGCUAUUACACACCAGAGGAUGUCCCAGGCUCCCUGCAGUAUGUCAAGAUCUUCACAGCUGGACAAGAAAUUCCCAGUGAUGCAACAAUUCUGAGUUUUAAGCGUGCUGUUUGCCGUUUUCUAUGUGAAAAUGCAGAUAAUGAUAAAUUGAUCGGAGUCCACUGCACCCAUGGCUUGAAUCGUACUGGGUAUCUUAUUUGUAGAUACCUAAUAGACGUGGAUGGAUUGGAUCCUCCUAAGGCCAUUGAAUUGUUUAAUUCUUCAAGAGGCCAUGCAAUAGAGAGACAGAACUAUUUAGAUGAUCUGCUGUCAGGACCCAAGAGGAGUAAUGAAGGGAUUGAGGAAUGUGACCUAAAGCUAGUUAAAGGUAAUUCCACUCAUCGUCCAGCAGAUUCUGAAGCAAAUUUCAACAACAUGAAGGAAAGGCCAGGAGUUUCUAAUGAUCCCUCAAGGUACAGUCAAAGGAGAAAGAACCACUGCAGCCACCCUCCAAGCAGAAACCAGUCUUUGGGCUUGCCAUUGCCUUUAGCAUCCGGCCUACUACCAUUACCUGGUGGUAGUGGAUCAGGGUUAUUGCCCCCUCCUGGUGGAACAGGCCUGCUGCCAUCACCUCCCUUCUCCAUGACUGCCGCACCUUUCGGCUUUUACCGCUGGAGUCCUCCUCAGGCUAAUUACCAGUGGCGAGGACCACUUCCCAGAGCUGAGAGUAGGGCCCCCCCACCUGACUCCAUGGGGAGGUCCUGCUCCUCUUACAACCAAAGAGGCAGCAGAGACAACCCCAUUCCUUCUAACCAAGCUCCACGUGCCUCUGGCCAGUGGGCCAAUGACUCGGACACCUACACUUAUGGGAUACCUGGAAAGUGGGAUGGCCCCAAAAUGAGAACUCGAGAGGAACACAACCACAGAUUCUACUACUAAAACCAUUCUUAUGAUUAUCCCUAACACAGGCUGCGCUGGGAUUUGUGGUAUGCAAACUUUAUACUUAAUGUUUUUUUCUCUACAAAUCCAUAUGAUAUUCAGGUUUGGCAUAUAAGGAUCUUAAAUAAGUGGCCACUGACAAAAUUGUGAUUGAUAGAAAUUGUAGCAGAUUAUACAGAUGGUGUAAUAGAUAUUUUUCCAAUGUUGAUUUUUAAUAGUUGAAGGAGCCCCUGAAGUGCCUUGUGGCGAAUAAUGUAAUAAUUUUAUUUGUGAACACUUACAAGCAGACAUUAUUGAGCGAUUCAUGCUUCAUUUUAACUGACAAACUUCAAAAACACAUUUCUAGAGAGUACUUACAAAUAAGAAUAUUAGUAAAGGGGGAAAAUGCUAAAUAUGUUUAUGUAAAAAAGGAUAAAGCCACAAUGUGUAACUUAAAAUAAAAACAUGUUUUUACAUUUA